AUGAUUCCCUCUCAAGAAUACUUCUCCACCGCGUCGAAGCUGAACAAAUUGACCACCGAGUUAUCGGAACAGCAGGUCGCGAGCUUGAGCGUCAAUGGAGAACGACUAGCCAGGGAUUUGCAUCACAGCUGUCAAUGGGGACCUGGUAUCCGAUGGGGCCCGAACCCAACCGACACAGGCAUGCAGCGCCUCGCCCUCUCCCAGGAGGAUAAGCAUGUCCGAGAUUGGUUUGUGCAAACAAUGACAGAUCUAGGCUGCAAAAUCACCAUUGACGAACUCGGCAACAUUUUUGCAGUGCGACCGGGACGCAGAACAGAUGUCCCAGCAACUUUCAUCGGCAGUCAUCUUGAUACGCAGCCGACAGGUGGUAGAUACGAUGGCAUUCUCGGGGUGCUUUCCGGGAUUGAGGCUAUCAAAACGAUGAAUGAUUUGGGUCUGGAGACGGAGGGUGGUGUUGGUGUUGUUAACUGGACAAAUGAGGAGGGAGCUCGAUUCCCAAUUAGUAUGAUGAGUUCCGGGGUCUGGGCUGGUAAAAUUUCUCUCGAGCAUGCGUAUAACUUGAAAGAAGUACCUACUGUCGCAUCGUUACCGACAGCUGCGUCUGCGCCUGAAACGGUCAAGACUGCUCUUGACAUGAUCGGAUAUGUUGGGUCUGUUCCGUGCUCGUACAAGGCGACACCCAUGGCGGCGCAUUUCGAAUUGCAUAUCGAGCAAGGGCCACACCUCGUCUCUGCUGGCCAGCGCAUUGGCGUUGUCACCGCUGUUCAAGCAUACAGAUGGUACAAACUACAAGUCACCGGGCGAGAUUGCCACACGGGAACGACAGCAUUCCAACACCGCGCUGAUGCCAUGUAUGCCUCUGCAAGGAUGAUGGUGAAAGCACGAGAAGUCGCAACAGCCCAUGGGUGUUUGGCGAGUGUUGGCAUCGUCGACGCUAGACCGGGAAGUGUGAACACAGUCCCUGGCUUAGUGAGUUUCAGUCUCGAUAUUCGAGGUCCGGAGACCUCAGCGGUGGAUGUGGUGAGUAAGAAAUUGAAGGAGGAGUUUGAUGCCAUUGCAGCCGAGGAAGGGAAAGGAAUUGGCAAGCCAUGCAGGGUUGAAUGGGAGUUGGACUUUGAUUCGCCGGCUGUAGAAUUCCAUGAAGACUGCAUAUCAUGUGUACAGCAGUCGGCCGAGGCAGUUUGCGCGCAGGAUGCGUCUGUUGCUGAACCCAAGUCCCUUGUGAGGACUAUCAUGAGUGGUGCUGGCCAUGAUAGUGUGUUCACAUCCAAGAUAGUCCCGACGAGCAUGAUCUUUGUUCCCUGCAAGGAUGGCGUUAGCCAUCAUCCAGAGGAAUUUACCUCGGCCGAAGAUUGCGCAACGGGUGCGUCUGUGAUACUUCAAGCCGUUGUUCGUUAUGACCGCAAACGGUUCCAAAAUUAG